AUGUUUCUUCGCGUGUCCGCCUUCCUAGCUGUCGUCAUCGCCGCAGCCGCGGCCGCACCCAAUAUCCUUGUCAGGCAGGGGGGAAGUUGCAACACAGGCAGCCUUAGCUGCUGUGAUUCUCUGCAACCGGUAGACAACCCUUCAGUUAUUAGCCUCCUUGGAUCACUGGGCAUCCUCCAGGAUUUAACCGGUAGCAUUGGCCUGGACUGCAUCCCCAUAACGGCCAUUGGCGUCGGGACGGGCGCCAACUGCCAACAGCAGCCUGUCUGUUGCAACGGAAGUACUGCGGGAGGCGUCGUUGGCCUAGGUUGCAUUCCUGUCAGCCUCGGGUUAUAG